GCCAGUCAACAGCACGGCAUCACCACAGGCUGUGCACAAUUGCUGUGGCUGUGGAAAGGAGUUUAAAAAUGAGCAGUCUCUGGUGGCGUUGGACAAGCACUGGCACCUUGGCUGCUUCAAGUGCAAAGUGUGCAAUAAAGUGCUUAAUGCAGAAUAUAUCAGCAAGGACGGGAUCCCCUACUGUGAGGCAGACUACCACGCCAUGUUCGGCAUCCAGUGUGAAACCUGCAAGAAAUACAUCACUGGAAAAGUACUUGAGGCUGGAGAGAAACACUAUCAUCCCACAUGUGCCAGAUGUGCACGUUGUGACCAGAUGUUUGGGGAGGGGGAGGAGAUGUACCUGCAAGGUUCUUCCAUCUGGCAUCCUCCUUGCAGACAGGCAGCACGUAUGGAGGAGAAGAGUAAGAAACAGGUGCGGAUUCAGCUCAGUGAUCUCCAUUCCAAUGUACCUGAGCAGGUGACAAGAACAUCCUCUGAGAGCAUCACCUCUGCUCCUGCCUCCAGUGCAUCGGGCUCCCCUAGCAGAGUUAUCUAUGCAAAGCUGGGUGAUGAACUUCUGGACUACAAGGACCUGGCUGCUCUUCCUAAAAUCAAAGCGAUCUACAACAUAGACAGACCUGACAUGCUCUCAUACUCGCCCUAUGUGAGCUACCCUGUGGAGGACAGGACUUUUGGAGAGGGAGAUGGGGAAAAGUCUCCCCGGCAGAGGAGGCCCUCCAGCCCCAGCUCCAACAGCUCUUUAGGGGGUUAUGGCCGCUAUACGCCUUCCCGCUCACCUCAGACCUACAGCAGACCAGAGCAAUAUCUGAGUGUCAAAUACACCACUCAUCCAGAAAAUUCCAACUUGUUACCUGUUCCAACUUCGGGGAGGAGUAGUGCCCAUGGUAGUGCCAGAGGCUCCUCCCCACUGCCUUUGUACAGCGGCAGUGGUAGAAACACACCACAGGCAGGGAGUGGUGGCGUGGCCCUGCCCCUCAACCCCACUACUCUGGCUUUGCUCCAACAGCACAACUACAUCCCUUACUUAAGAGGUAGUGAAAGCGGUCGGAGUACUCCCAGUCUCUCCACCUACUCUGAUGGCAAAUCUCCCUCCUCUACAUAUGUGGCGGCCCCACGGCAUUUCCAUAUCCCAGAGACUAAAGUCAAAGAUAAUAUCUAUAGAAAGCCCCCUAUCUACAAACAGCAUGCUUCCAGAACCUCCUGGCAAGAUGGUGAAGAUGUAGACAGAAAGACCAGAAUAAGUUGGAUGAACCUGAAGAGUGAGUUGGAUGGACAGUCUCCAGAUCUGGACCCCAGGACCUCCACCCACAGCUUACCCACCGAUAUGUCUCAACCCAACUUCCCAUACAAUAAGUCUGCUUCGCUGCCAGGAUAUGGGCGGAACGGAAUAUACAAGGCGGCCGAUCUUGGCGAAGAUGAUGGCGAUCAUGACUCAUCCUGGAGUGGAAUGAGAGAGUACAAGGUCUAUCCCUAUGACAUGCUAGCUGUGACCCACAGAGUCCGAGCAAAACUACCACGGGAUGUGGACCGCACCAGACUGGAGAGGCACCUGUCACCUGAGGACUUCUACAACGUAUUUGGGAUGACCAUUGAACAGUUUGACCGUUUGGCUUUGUGGAAGAAAAAUGACCUUAAGAAGAAAGCCCGCUUGUUUUAAAUCCCGCCGAAUUGCUUGAAGGAAAGCAAAGAUAAAGAGAAAACCUCUUCUCAUCCAUCCUGUGUGCAUGGAGGAUGAGUGUGAGAGAAAUAUAUAUGCACCUCCAUUCUGCUGCAUAGCUACUGUCAUCCCAUCUCACGCUGAGGAAGAGGGAGCGCUUUCACAACGCUGUUUGCCACCUAGCUUUGUUCGUGAACGCCGCACCACAUGGUCUGAAUGUUACUCUGAUGACAGAGAGUCAGAACUAAAUUCUCUCUAAAUCUUGUUUCUCUCUUUGUUUGUCUUUGAUCUUGCUCCCUCGUCUGUCUUUGUGAUUACUGCAUUGUAUUCUCUCUCUGUGGAAAAAGCACUCAUUAUUGAUAUAAGCCACUUUCUUUACAUUUUAUACCAUUGAGAAACAUGGCCAACAAGCUCUACUUGUACGUUUUUUUGCUAUGUAAUAAUAUCCAUCUUCUCCUCACCCCUUGUCUUUAUUUUUGACUGCAAUGAAUGUUGUCCAACGUUUUGGUAUUGUCCUUGUCUACUCAUAUUGUGUCUUUCUCUCGUCUCUUUCUGCCUGUUCCUCGUCUUACCUCCUAGACAUGAUACUCAGCCACUGCUUGGACUGUAAUAUCUAUGAUGUAAUAUCAGCUUUAUGGAAGCUCAUUCAUCCAUGGCUUUAGCAUGACCAGGCCAAAGACUCAAUCAGAGCGAGAAGUCAACAAAGCAACUUACACGUGACCUAACCAGACGCGACGCAAUAAAACAAUGAGAAAAAGCCUCCUAAUAACAAGCCUCGAUCGUGAGAAGCAAAGAGCAACAGGACACAACAUGACAUCAUGCUGGGUAGCCCCGCCCACUGUGAAAUCUCAUUGGUUCCUCAGAACUGUACAACUCAUUGGGUGUGAUUUUGUUUUCGAACUUGUCGUAUUGCGCCUGGUUAGGACAUGGUGUUAGUUGGUAUGUUUAAUAAUCUUUACUGUUGCUCAAUGACUGUGAGUGCAAACAGCUGGAACAAUGCAUAGCUUUUGCGUUAUAUUAUGUAUUUGUUUGCUUUUUCAGGUCAGUGUGCAAUUCAUCAGAUGUCAUAAUCAUGAGAUCACAGUUAUUCAAUAAGACAUUUAGAGUUGUUCUAAACUGGUAUCUCGGUAUCACAUACUCUCUCUAUAUAUAUUGUGCACAUAAACUUUAUCAGCCAGACAUUCUCAUUGUUUUAAUCCACACAAAUGAAAGUGCUCAAGGCAGAGUAAACCCUUAUUUUUGUAUGCAAUUUUUUUUUUCAUACAGAUGUUUGCCAGAUACUUUAUUUUCCAUUUGCAAAUAAUUGCAACAUUGACUUUAGCAUGGGGCCAUGCCAAAGUUAACAGAUUCUGUAGCAAUUAGCAAAACUUAUACAACACGACAAUUAAUAAAGCAUGCAGUUCAGUGGCGCUUCAUUUAAAACCCAAAUAAGAUUGUUUUUGUUCUGCUUUUUUAGAUUGUUAAUAAAUGUGUGCAGUAUAUUGAUAUAAAUGUCUGUUACACUUGUCAUGUCACCUUGUAGGCAUGCACUGCAUUUACUAGAAGCAUCAUGUAAUGACUUCCUAAUGGACUUUUAAGAUUAAUCAUGACAUGUUUGAUUUGAGAUCUUAAAGUUAUUGAGAGAUUGUUUUGUUUCUUCAGACACAUUCUUAAGUCGUACCAUAUCUGUUCUAGGUUCUUUCACUUAUACCAGUGACACAGAAUUGCAAAAAAAGAAAAAAGAAAGGUAUUUUGUCGUUUUAAUUAUAUGAAUGCAUUACAUAAAGAUGUCAGAAAUCUGGAACUGUUAGAAACACCGCCACAUUCAGUAAACUAAGUUCUGAGUAAUGAUAACCAUGUGUAACAUGUGCCUAUAUCUUGUACAAUAUCAAGGCGUCUUUGGAUUUUUUUAAACUGCUCAGCAGGGAACUCAGAUUGUUUUACUUUGUUGAUUGGGAAAGUAUGGCCUUUCUAACUGUACGUGUGUGCUUAUUUCAUUCUUCAGGGUCAUAAUGUGACAUUUUUCAUGCAGUAAAUUUCAGCCUUCAUCGGUCAUGCCAAAAUCUGUUGUUUUGGGGAAAAUACAGUACAGUAAAGCUUGUCUGAAACACUUGAAUGUGUUUUAGUCCGAAUGCGUAGGUGGGAGCCUUCCCAGAAGAACCAUGUUGAGCUGCGGAGGACGAAUGUGUUAUUCUUAUUUGAACAGCUGUAGAAACAUGCUCGCGUGUGGGUGUGAGUGCUGUUAGCCUCCAGCUCAGCAGUCCAAUAGUUCAGACUAGGUGAGUUCAGAUCAGUGUGUGUUCGAUCAUCUUUAUUCUUCAGCAUUGCACUGUU